AUGGAUCUAAAGGAUUAAAAUUUUCAAUUAGAAACUAAUUAAGAAAAAUCUACAAACAAUCUCUAUAAUUACGAAAUAUUUAAAAGAAUAACAUGGUUUUUGAGCCUAAAAGAUGUAUUAACUUUGGGAGCAACUUCUCGUAUUUUAAAUGAAUAUGUUAAGGUUUCAUAUAUAAUAUAUAUAGAUAGAAACAUUAUUAAUUCUUUGCAGAGAAUUACUAUAAAUAAUUUCUCAAAGAUUAACUGGAAAUAGCUCUUGAAAUUUAUUAUCCUGAUAAUAUUUAGAGAGAUCAAAUUCGUUAAACUAAUUUUGAGAAAUGUUUUUUGGAUUGGAAACUCCAAUAUAAGCAAAUGUUGUAAUAGAAGUAAGAUAAUAAAAUACAUUGAUUUAGAAAAGCAUUGAAAAUUCCAUUUUUACUUUGUGAAUCAGUAUUUCCAAAACCCAUUUUAAAAAGAGAAACAAUAGGAUUAUAUUGCGAGUCAGAAUUCUAAAUAAUGCUUGCUUAGCGUUUGGAAUGGGAAUAAAAGGGGUUCGAUAGUUUGUUUGAGUUUUAAAUGAUAUCAAAUGAGGUAUUUAAAUAUGAUUUAAAUUAAAGCUAAUGAACUAAUUAAAAUAAAACAAACAAUAAAUAAUAGAUUUAAUGAGCCAAAAAUUAGAUAAAAAUGAGGUACUUAAAUCACGAUUUUUAAAAUUCAGAUGGAAUUUAUAAAGCGAAUCUUUUGAAUUUGAAUAAUUGCCUCUAUUUAAAGUUGAGUCUAAAAAUAUAUAAUCGGAAGAACAGGAAGAAGAAGUUUAAUUUGAAUAAAUUUGCAUUAUUGAUCUUUUAGAAUAAUUGUAUUGUUCAGUCGAAUGCUAUCUGUAGGGAUUAUAUAUGUACUUUUCUACAUUCAUCACCAUCAAUUCCACAAAUAGUAUAGACCUAUUAAGUGAAUACGUCAUGUAUUGGGAAGCAUAUAGUAAUUCCAUUAUAGAGUUAAAUAGCAUUAUGCAUCCCUUGGAAAACAUUGUGAAUGAAUUACAUAAAAAAUGUUUUCCUCAAUAUCCCCAAUACCCUAAAUUUUCAAUUUGGAGAAUAAUGAAUCAAUUAUGGAUCAAAUAUGUACUGUUAAUUUUAAUUAAAGAUAAUUAGAAAUGAAUAAUUUUAAGAGCUGCUCCUUGAAUGCUUCGUACGAACCUUGCAAGCAGAAAGAUAGUCUAAGUUUCUUAAAGAAUUUGAUCAAGGUGUCAAUUAAGACCUAGGUUUCACUCCUUCCUUCUAGAUUACUUACGAAAUUUAUGAUAAUUUUUUGCUCAAACAAAAAAAUAGUAUAAAGGAUUAAUUUCAGAUUGAAACUUCUCAUAAAUUUUAUACAGAAAUAGUGGAUUUACUAAGAAAUUUUAAUAAAUCAAUAUAAGAUCUCUCAAUCAAUGAAGUAUUUCUAUGCAAUUAAAUAAAAUCAGGUAUCUGUCCAUUGGAUUGGACAUCUGGAUUGUUGUUAUGAAGAAUUUUAUGAAUAGUUAAGUGAGAGAGUUUAACAAGAAACAAGUUUGUACUAUGAUGAAACUAAAUAGGUUUUUGGAUCUAAUGUGGGUUCUUUUAUAGAAUUCAUGAGAUUUGAUAAAGAGUAAAAUAGAUAUUUAUUAUUAUUUUAGUUUUGUGUCUCAAUUUUUACCAGAGCCUCUAAUUUUUAAAAUUGAAAACUUACAACAUGAACAUAUCUACACUUAUUUAUAUUAUUAUUUAGAGCACUCCUACCUUUAAAGGUUUAUUUAAAUUCAUAAAGAUUAAAUUGCUGUUGCAUAUAAUAAACAAAAAACAAUCACUCCAAACCAAGAAAGAACAUCAAUUGGAUCAUCAAAUUAUAACGAACAUUUAGAUACUUAAUCUGAUGCAACAUUAAAUGAUGCAUAAAAAUUUUUCAAUUUUGCCUUAUAAAAUAGUAAUUUUGAUAUAGAUGAACUUUUGAUUAGGAAAAAGAAUUAAAAUCAAGAGCCCUUAUUUGAAGUGAUAAAGGUGGCACUAUCUCAGAGGAAUCUUGAAUAAUAAAUACAAGAACAUGAUUAAUUCGAUUAAUUUUAAACUUAAGAAUAAUUUGAAUUUUAUAGACCUACAACAAUUCAAAGGGCAUACUCAAAUAAUAAAAGUAAAUUUAAAUUAAAUACUUUUAGUAAACUGUGAUUCAGUAGAUGUUCCAGAGGAAAUAAUUAAAUCUGCUAAAUAAUUUUUAUUAAAUGAUUCUGAAUUUUCCAAACUUUAUCAGAUCUUCAUUAAUUAUACAAAGCAAUUUGAUAGAAACUGGAUCUAAGUAAUUUAAAAAAAUCAAGAUAUCGAGUUAUUAAAUAAUGAAAGAGAAAUUCCAAGGGUAAUAUGCUCAUCUUAAUCGUUUAGGUUCUACAAGAUUACCUUUAAUACUUUUAUUAUGUAUCCAAAGGCUUAACAAAAACUAUACUAGAGGACAAUAAAGUUGUAAAUGACGAAGAUCUAGAUGAUCUUGAAAUGAUCCCUAGCCUCUCAAAGAAUUCAUCGAAAUUUAAAAGUAUUAUAUCAAUGUUAUUAUUUAGAAAACUCUGUCUGUAUGGAGGUUUAUUAUUCAGAAGAGGAAGAUGAGAAUUAAGGAUGAAUUCCAAUAACAAAUCAGCAAUAGUG